AGGACAUUUGAUUAACUGUGUUGUUGUUUUUAUGCUAUUUUGUUUAAGUGAUUUAAUUACAAUUAACUGAUAUGGAAGAAAAAUUUGACAAUAUGAAGGAACAUUCCUUCAAAAAGGAGGAAUACCAUAUUGGACCAUUUGGUCGAGUCCGAAGUGACUAUCUCAGUUCUCCUGUUCAAUCGCUAUCCAAUUUUGCUUAUAACCUUUUUGAUGUCCCAGCAACUUGGAUACAUGAUAAAAUUGUUGUUCCAAAUAGGAAGCAAAGUGUCUACUAUCAUUAUAGAUUUCCCCGAGUUCCAACCGUUGAUGAGUGUUAUGUUGAUGAUUACGCUUGUCUCUGGGAAGCAGAUCAACAAUACAAGAGAGACAGGAAAGUGGAAAAAAAUAUAAUCAAAAUUUUAGUUAAAGGGUGUAGCACUUAA